AUGCCGCCACAGCAGAAGAAUGUGACCAAGUGCAACUUGGAAAUAGAGGCACAGAAAUCUUUUGCACAUGCAAAUGCCAUAAACUUUUGUGCUGAUGUUGUACAAUCUCAGAAAGUAGAGAUGAAUAGCACGGAUGAUAUCGCGCCAGGAGGUUCAGAGAAGCAGGAAAAGUCGAAUGAGGAGGAUACAAUAGUAGCUAACGAAACUUUUAGCAGUACUGAGGACAGCAAGAGAGACGAAGAAAGAAAAAAAGAGGUUAAGUUGAUGGAGAAAGAGGUUGAAUGUGAAGCAAUAGAUGAGUCAGUGGGCAUGGGAGAAGAUGGAGAGAUUACGAGUGUUAAAGAAAUAGUGCUCAAGGAUCGAACGCCAAGUGCCUUAGAUGGUGUAGCACUUCCAAGAUCUGUGUUUGAAGUGAAGACACUAAUGGAGAAUUCUGCUGUCCAAGGUAUUUCUUCCACAUUGCUUUCAACCCCUGAUACUUCUACGAUUCGGUCUAUACAAGAUCAAGGUGGUAGUUUUGUUUUAGCUACAACUCCUACCGCUCUUGUCUCUUCACCUGCUCCAGCGUCUGCGACUCUAACGCCUGAGACAGCAAUUGUUGCGAAGCCUGAUGAACCUAUAUGUCCAUCUUUUGGUGAAGAGGCUUCCUUUAGAUCGAUUCCGCAAUCUGUCUUUGUGAACCUUGAGAAACUGCUGCAGUGGUUCCCGACAACCGAUCGAUACCUUAUGGAGAUGCUGGCAACACGGAUAGAAGAAGCUCUUGUCAUCGAAGAUGCACUGAUAUGCGCACGGAUUGGAAAAUGCCAAGAAUUAUCUUGCCGUUCUGUGCUAAUGCAUUAUGAGCAUUGUAAAGACGGCAAAUUUUGUGGCGAUCCGAAAUGUGAAGAGAUAUCAAUAGUGUAUCAUCACCGGCGUACUUGUUCAAAGAAGGGCAUUAUGACCACAAGUGAUGGCACAAAGUUUUUGUGCCCGUUUUGCAUUCGCAUUCAGCAAAGACGAAGUCUUGGUGUUGUUGCAGCACUGGAUCAUCUUAUUAGUGACCAGUACCGUGCGCUUCAGCGAGCGCAUAGUGAGGCUGCCCGCAACUUUUGUUUGCAGAGUAUAAAUACGUGGAGCCAACGCAAGCAGAUUCUUCGUGCUGAAAUUGACCACUUGAACCAAUUAGCCCGUGAAAGCAGCGCUCUUGUUUUUAAUUUCCCGAGGUAUCAGUGGCAUUUCGGUGAUGCGGUGUCUGUUAAACGAGAACCAAUACUUUUGGAAAGCGAAAACAAUACGACGGGGUUGUCUGCACCUGAACCAUGUAUGAGUGGUACAAACGGGUCGACAGCAACAGAGGAAUCAUCUUCAAUGCGUUCAGAAGACGAGACGAACUUAGAUUCAGAUGCCCGCCUAUCUGAGGACAUUCAAAAAGAAAUUAUGACAAAAAAUGUAAGCUUUGACGUGAAUUUCAUCAACGAGCUACUUUGGGCUAAAGAUGAAGACGAUGGAAAAGAAUUGUCGCAGCGGCGGUUUGAUAAAGUUAUGGAGUUAGGCUAUGCCAUUGUGGAUGCAUCCUUUUGCGCCCCGUCCAAAGCCCAGCAGUGUCUUCUCAACUGCAAGGCUAUCCUUUUACACUUACAACACCACCUGGAUUUGCAAGUGUGCACUCAAACAAUGUGCGCGGCAGUUGAGCACCACUUCUCGCACUUGUCACAAUGUAAGGCACGUGACGACAAUGAGUCGUGUGAGUAUUGUUUACGCGUGGAAGAACGCCAAUUGAUCCGGUCCGUCGAUUCCAUGGAGGCUGAGCAACCCGAGGCUGAAGCAGAAGUGCAGAACAUUAUCAACGCUAUUACAGCAUCCUUCACGAACCAUCAAUCUGAUGAACGGGAACAGGAGGUGAUACAACUGGAAGAUGAGCUAGAACAAGCUGAGGCCAAUAAGCAAGAGUUGCUGGAAAAACUGAGUGCAGCGCGCAUGAACCUUCGAAAGGUGCGGAGAAGAAUGGAGCGUUAUGGCAUAUCUACUUCCAUUAGUCGUCAACUUCCGGUGCAUUUCGUCCAAGUAAGGCGUGCCGAAGGAUCUAGCAACAGAUUCAAAAAGCGGCGCCGCGCUGGUUCACUUGACUAA